AUGAUACUUCUUUAUUAUAAUAAUAAAAUAGUAAAAGAUUCUGAAAUAGAAGAAGAAGAGACUGAGUAUAAUUUAGAUAUUAUCGAAUGUUUUGAUCAUGAUAAUAUUGUGUUUUUAAAUGAUGAAAAUAUUCAAGAUAAUGAGUUAGAUGAAAAAUCACAAAUUGCAGCAGAUUUAGUAAGAGGGUGGGGUCAUAAAGGUUAUAAAGAUAUUAAUGAUAGAUUAAAUAGUGUAGCAGAUGAAGUAAGUGAAAAUAUUAAUGAAAAUUUAAAUAACACAUAG